UGUCUAGAUAAUACAUAUUUUCUGUACUCUGUGUUCCCUAGAAAGAAAAUGUAACCAGUGUUCUCUACGGCCCGCAACUCAUAAUUAGCCUCGGAACUGAUCAAAAAUUUUGUAGUGCCUAAUGUUUAACAAACUGGAAAUUCAGCCACCAUGUGUAGAAUACUACAAUGGUCGGCUAUGACAAGGACGAGAGUUUGACGCCUGAUCAGAAGCUGAUCGCCAGUUUAUUUUCAGGGGUGAUCACGAGAGCUAUGACCAACCCAUUAGACGUGGUCAAAGUCCGAGCCCAACUUGAAAAGAAAGCCAUCUCCAACCCGAACCGAAAGUGGUUUCAAAUCACCAGGAAAAUCAUAGAAGAAACAGGCGUUAAGUCUCUUUGGCGCGGUCAUCAAGUAGGGCAGAUCCAUUCUAUAUUAGGUGUAACAACCCAAUUUUAUGUUUAUGAAGUGACUACAAGAUUGGUCGACAUGAACUUCGAAACUGGAAAAUACUCGUCCUUAGUCCAUUUUCUAUGCGGAGUGUUCUCGGGUUGCAUGGCAGCGACAGUCGUGCAUCCGCUGGAGGUGAUAAAAGUGCGGCAGAUGAUCAACAAGGAGGCGACGCGAAAUCUUAUCGAAGGUGCUAAAAAGGUGUACAGUACGGGAGGCAUACUUUCUUUUUACGAAGGGCUAUCAGCGGCUAUAGUUCAGAUUGGUCCACAAGUAGGUAUAAGCUUCGCUGUAUUCCGCUUAGUGCAAUCAUUCAUGCUGACUCUACUAACUAGAGAUUGCGACAAUCGGGAGGUAUGCCAAACUCAACAGGACCAUGCGGUCAACGUAGCAACUGCUAGCGCCAUUGCCGGCUCUAUGGCUGGUAUUACCUCCAAAAGUUUAACUUACCCUUUCGAACUGGCAAAGAAGAGACUGCAAAUAAAGACUUUUCCAAGUCAAGGCGACAGCAUGUUUAAAUGUCAUUCGCUAAUCGAAUGCCUAGUAAAAACGUUCGAACUGGAAGGAUUCAAAGGUCUUUUCAGAGGUUUCAAAAUCACUAUUUACAAAGCACAGCUCUCAGGUCUUGUCGCCUUUACCACAUAUGAACUCAUUUGCUACGCUACCAGACAGAUUAUUGGUCCACCGACUUCGCCGCCGUCAACAAAGAAGAAGCAUUAGUAAUCCAC